CUAGAUUCUCGAUAUAGCUACCUCUCAUCCCGAGUGUGAGGUUCAUCGCGAGGUUCGCAUAGCUUUGGUUUUCGUGCAACUCGAAAGUGAGUGUUCAGCAUCCAAGCUACCAAGGGGAAGCACACUUUACGUAAAGUUCACACUUGCUUCACGAGCUCGAGAACUUUGGAACGCCGCAAUUCUUGGAUUCGUAUAACAGGCUGUCCGACCUUCUCCAGGAAUUCCUCCUGAAAACAUCAACCCACCACCAUGAAGCGUAGUAACUCAAUAACACGUCGCGGGUCAGUUGACCCCAGUGCCGAUGCGGCGCUAGCGAAGAUGGGAUAUCAGAGUGAAUUGCCCCGAAAUCUGAGCAUGCUUAGCGUCUUGGGAAUGUCUUUUGCGAUUAUGGCGGUCCCGUUUGGUCUGUCUACGACCAUGUAUAUCACGCUCACUGAUGGUCAAUCUGUUACUAUCCUUUGGGGUUGGGUGCUUGUGUCGCUAAUCUCCCUGUCCAUUGCAGCGUCCUUGGCUGAGAUUUGCGCUGUGUAUCCGACUGCGGGAGGCGUUUACUACUGGUCCGCUAUGCUUUCUACCAGGAAAUAUGCCCCCGUUGCAUCGUGGGUUACUGGGUGGUUGACAUUGGUUGGGAAUUGGACAGUCACCCUCUCGAUCAACUUUUCUGGAGGGCAGCUUAUCCUGUCGGCCAUCACGCUUUGGGACGAAAGCUUCGUCCCAAACCAAUAUCAAACAAUCUUGAUGUUCUGGGCAGUAAUGAUAGUUUGUAUGGUUGUCAAUAUCUUUGGAGCGAAGUACCUGGAUUUAAUCAACAAAAUCUGCAUUUACUGGACGGCGAGUAGUGUGGUGAUCAUCUUGGUCACAUUGCUUAGUAUGGCAGAUCAUAGGAGGAGUGGAGACUUUGUGUUUGCGCAUUAUGAUGCUUCCCAAAGCGGGUGGCCUUCAGGCUGGGCAUUUUUUGUCGGGCUCCUACAAGCUGCCUAUACUCUAACUGGAUACGGCAUGGUCGCAGCAAUGUGUGAAGAAGUACAGAAUCCCGAGCGAGAAGUCCCGAAAGCCAUUGUUCUAUCGGUUGCUGCAGCUGGAGUUACUGGAGUGAUCUAUCUCAUACCCAUUCUUUUCGUCCUUCCCGACGUUCAGAUGCUCCUUGACGUAGCAAAUGGUCAGCCAAUUGGCCUGCUCUUCAAGACCGUCACUGGUUCCGCAGGUGGUGGAUUUGGCCUUCUCUUCCUUAUUCUCGGGAUCCUGUUCUUCGCAGGUGUCGGAGCUCUUACCGCGGCUUCCCGCUGCACAUAUGCGUUUGCCCGGGAUGGGGCGAUUCCGGGAUCCAGGUUAUGGAAGCAGGUCGAUAAGCGCUUUGACAUACCACUCUGGGCGCUCGUUCUUUCCACGGUUGUCGAUUGUCUCCUGGGGCUGAUCUAUUUUGGAUCCUCGGCCGCUUUUAAUAGCUUUACGGGAGUGGCUACGAUUUGUCUCUCCACCUCAUAUGGAAUGCCUAUUCUGAUCUCGGUUUUGCGGGGACGUAAGGCAGUCAAGAACUCGUCAUUUUCACUGGGCAGAUUCGGAUAUGCUAUCAACAUUGCUAUGAUUGGCUGGAUAUGUCUCGCUGUGAUUUUAUUCUGCAUGCCGGUCAGCCUCCCGGUUGAAGCUACAACCAUGAACUAUGCGUCGGUAGUGUUCGCUGGAUUCGCUGCCAUUAGUCUUGCGUGGUACUUUAUAAGAGGUAGAAAGUCUUUCACAGGCCCGCCAGUUCCACAGGAUGUUGCACCAGGAGAGGAGAUUGUAGUUACUGGCAUGGCUGCUGUUGAGUCAAAUCAUGAGAGGAAUGGCGAUGUCGAGCAGAAGGUUUUGAAGGUUGCUUCGAACGGGAAUGGACAUAAUUCGGAUGAGUAUGGGGAGAAAUCCCAAUGAUGUGUCGGAUUGGUCACUCAGAGAGUUAUGGAGAAAGAUUUUCACGGAUUCGCCUGUAAAUUAUGCACUUGUUGUGGAUAUUUCUUACAGAGAAGCUGCAAUCCCAAGACUCCUGGGGAUCGUAAAUUCAGCGGGUAGUGCAGUAUCUGAUUUACCACCAUUAAGCGGUUCAGAAGCUAUUAAAAGAAAGUUAACAGAAGGUUAAUAGAAUAUCAAGACAAG